AUGUUCCCUGAGGAAUAUAAUACUCUCAAAUGUAAUAAAAUAUUACACAGUAAAAAUAGAUUGAUCAGUAUCUCUCCUUUCAUUGAUUCUUGUAACAUAUUACGUGUAGGCGGACGCCUUCAGAACUCUAACUACACUUACGAUAUAAAGCAUCCUAUAUUACUCUGUAGUAAACAUCACCUCACUAAAAUAAUGUUUAAAUCGUACCACCUCUCUCUCUUUCAUGCAGGACCUCAACUGCUUUUAGCAAAUAUAAGAGUAACAUAUUGGCCGCUCGGUGGUAGAAACUUAGCUAAGCAAAUUGUACGAACAUGUAUUCGAUGUACUCGCGUAAAGGGCAAGCCCAUUCAGGUCAUCAUGGGUAACCUACCUAGUGAGAGGACGCAGCUUGAUUUCCCAUUUUUAACCACAGGCUUAGAUUUUUCCGCCCCAGUGCUAAUAGCGGAUCGUAAAGGCAGAGGUUGUAAGCUAUUGAAGUCAUACAUUUGUGUUUUUGUGUGCUUUGCAGUUAGAGCCGUCCACUUGGAGUUGGUCUCCGAUCUUACAAAGGAGUCUUUUCUUGCCGUCUUUAGUCGGUUUGUCGCACGUCGUGGCAAGCCUCAGCGCGUGUAUUCCGACAACAGUACUACCUUUGUAGGCGCCUUGAAUCAGCUUAAACGAUUGUUACAAUUAUCUUACAACGAUUUAGAGUCAGACAUUGCAAACCAAGGCAUAGAAAUUUAUACCACCUUGUUCACCUCAUUUUGGGGGCAUUUGGGAGGCAGCAGUAAAAUCAACCAAACAUCUUUUACGUCGUACUCUUCGUCUUACUCAUCUAAUUUAUGA